GCUAAAUCUAUAAUUACUUUGUGGGUGUGACAGCAUUAAAUAAUUGGAUGUUGUAGGACAGAAAAUUAUUUGUGUUGCCACAAAACAAGUAAAUAUUGUGUGGCCAUAAGUACAGAAGUAAUUACAACUCGGACCAUUUAUAGUUUUACAUCUGAAUUUACGUUUCGUCAUAAACAUUUGAGUAAUCUCUUAUUGUCGUUUGCGACUUAAGGUAAACUAAUAAAUCUAUAUAUGGAAGCGAUGAUCGUACCAACUCAAUUAUGGCGAGACAAAACCGUGGCUUUGACUUGUUUUUGAAGUAUACCUCUGAACUAAUAUUACAGAUUCUGACGUACUUGUACUAAUAAAUUUGGUAGUAAACAUACACAGAGAUGGACUGAAUCAAAAAUAUGUUCUGAAUCAUAAAAUAUGUUUUUUAUAAGAAGAAAACUCUAUACUAAUGUAUUUGGGCCUUUUAACCCGACCCGACUCGAUUUUUUUACGUGAAAUUAUUGGAUCUAGUAAAUGAAGACACGUGUGUGCUGUGUAUGUGUGAAUCUGAGCUGAGUUGUAUAUAUUGCUUGUCUCUGUCACUGCCACUUCUCCGCAAACCCUAAAAACACUCUCUCCCUCUUUCUCUCUCUCUCUCUCUCUCUCGACUGUAAAUGGCGACGGUUUGCGUUAGAAAUGUUGGUACUUCGCCGGAGAAGAAGCUAUCAACGGCGACUUACUCUUGUAGAACCUCCAAAAUGUCAGUGAUGAGCCAAAAAACUCAACCGUCGGAUCCUAAGUCAGAAAACGAAGAUCCUGUAGACUUUGAGUUUCUUCUCGAAGAUCCGGUGACAAUGCUAACCGCCGACGAGCUUUUCUCCGACGGCAAACUAAUCCCACUUAAGUUUUCCGGCUCGGUAAGUUCGAGGGAGAAGCGUAUAACAACGUCUAUUAACACGGCGGCGAAACCAUGCCGAAGAUUAGAGAUGGAGAGUGCUGAUCCUUACGCCUUCUCUCCUAGAGCUCCUCGUUGCACCAUGAGAUGGCGUGAGCUUCUAGGCCUUAAGAAACUCACCAAAACGCCAGAAGAAGCGUCCUCACCGCCGUCGCGGUUGUCUUCUUCUACUCCAAACCCCAAAACGGCGUCGUUUAGGUAUUUACUCAACCGAAGCUUCAAAUCUUCUAAGGACUCGGACAUCUCGGAGACGUCAACGUCCAUCUCCUCUUCACGUCUCUCCCUCUCCUCAUCCUCUUCCUCCGGCCACGACCUCGACGACGCUCCUAGGCUCUCUCUAGACCACGACAACAAACCAAACAACGCUCCAAACCCGUUUGCUCAGUCACGUGCCCACCACCACCAUCUUAGGAAGCUACGACGUCAUUCACCGUCUGAUAAAACGACGGAGAGGGUGUUAACGGUGACGGCGGAUAGUCCGAGACUAAAUGCUUCGGGGAAGAUCGUGUUUCAUGGGCUCGAGAGAAGCUCUAGCAGUCCCGGUAACUUCACAGGCGGACCAAGAAUGAAGCAUCACCAUGGGAUGCCGAGAUCUCAAUCUGCUAAUGUGAGAAUCACUCCUGUUCUUAAUGUUCCUGUCUCUUCCCUCCGUGGUGGUGGUUCGAUACCAGGUCUCUCCUUUGGCCAGCUUUUCACUUCUUCGUCUGGGAACAACAUUACCAAGAACCGUACCAAGACUUGAACCGACUAGCUAAACCGGAUUCAACUUGUACUUGUACCGGCUUUAGUAGCAAAGAGCUUCGUUUUAGUGGGGGUGGUUUCAUCAGAUGAGGUUAGAUUUGGGUUCAAAAUGUAAAUAAAGAGAAAUAUAUGAUUUUCUAUUGUGGUUCUGCAUGGAGCGAGUUGUUCGAAACUGGAGAAAACAAGACAGUCAUUAAAAUACUGUAGCAAGAGUAAGAAGUGCUUCCCAUGUUCAGAGGGUUUAUAUUCGAAGAUAUUAAACCACAUGUUUAGAUAAUAUAAAAAUGUUUUGGCUCGUUAUCGACGUACCAUUGUACUUUAUUAGUAAUUUAGUAUCAUACUUGUAUUUACA